GCGGGACGGGCCAGCCGCAAAGCUGCUGCCAGGCCCCUUCCUGGUGGCUGUUACUUGGGAAGGGGAGUGGAGCGUGUUUUCUGUCACCGUGUUGACUGCUUUGUUAAUCAAAUGUCUUCGUUAGAAAUAGGAACCUGGGAGAGUCCUGAAGUGAGUGGUGUUCAGCCGCUGCCCAGGACCUUUCACACAUCCUCAGCAGCUAUAGGAGACUGUCUGUACGUGUUUGGAGGGGGCGAUAAAGGAGCAGAACCUGUUACAGACCAGCGGCUUCACGUGUUUGACACAGCCACCUUGACCUGGUCCCAGCCAGCUACUCAUGGUGACCCCCCCUCUCCUCGGCAUGGACACGUUGUGGUUGCAGUCGGGACCAAACUCUUCGUACACGGAGGUUUAGCUGGUGAUAUUUUUUACAAUGAUCUGUUCUGCAUUGAUAUAAAUGACAUGAGAUGGGUUAAGAUACCAGCCACUGGUGAUGUCCCAGGAGGACGGGCAUCCCACUCAUCAGCUGUGUUUAAAGACCACUUGUACAUUUUUGGUGGAAUAGGUCCAGAGGGGACACUAGAUACUACAUACAAGUAUCACACAGAGAAGCAGCAGUGGACACUUCUACAGUUUGAUUCCCCUCUGCCUGCUGGGAGACUGGACCACGCUAUGUGCGUUGUUCCCUGGCGGGCUGGCAAGCACGGAGACGCAGGAGCUGUCACCUGGGAAGACAAAGCUGGGAAAGAGGCAACUGUGUCAGCAGGUGACAAAGCUGACCCCCUCCACAACAGCCAGGAUGAGGGGUGCGCUGAAGACACAGUCAUGCAUCUACUACAGGAUGAGGGGUGCGCUGAAGACACAGUCGUGCAUCUACUGUUAGUAUUUGGUGGGAUGGACACACAGGGGGAAAUAUACAGAGACUGUGUUGUCAGUCUGAUCGAAUAGCAGAGCUGCGGUCCUGCACAGCACCGCCCUUUUCUACAGGUUUUAUAGUACUGUCAGAUUAAGUUAAUUCUCCUUUCCAAUAAACAAAUUCUUACCCUCAAACAGAUGGCACUGUGCUACCGCACCCCUGAGGUACAGGCGCUUUCUCUGUGCGCAGUCCUGCUGGCGGCGGGUACAGCAUUCCCUGGGGCAGGCAGCUGCUGCUGCAGAAAGGCUCCAGCUGCUGUCGCUUGACCACAGGUUGCUGGAGUGUGCCUGGACAGCUUUCAGCCCGAUGAAGCCUCACAUACUGUUGGCUACAGAAACACUUCCAUCUGCAAAGCCACAGUGUUACCUGGAAACAGAGUUUUGGGGGGGAUGAUUUGAGUUUUAGCUUUCACUGUUUUGAAAAAGAGUGAAUGAAAACCAGAAAAGUGUCCCCCACACCAGGGGAAAUGUAAAGUGCUAAGUGGUUUUAAGGAGGUAUUGGAGCAGGCACCACAAAAGCUCCUUCUGUACUCAGUUUAAUUAUCUAAUCCCAUGGCUUGGAUGAAAAUCAUGGAUCAAAUAAAAAGACUGAGUUCC